AUGGCCCGAAACUUCGAUGUGGACUAUCCCCUGAUGGAGGCCGGGCUGGAGAGUCCAGUGGAUGAAGCCGGAGUUCACGAGUCAUUCCAUCAGCUGAUCCAGGAGCAGAGUCAAAACCCUGGGUUCUCAGAGGCCCAUGAGCUACAGGAGCUGCAGAGGGAGCUGGAGGAGGACCGAGACAGAGUAAAAUACUUGUCCAGUCCGAGCAAUGACCUGUUCAGGAGACGACAGGGGCGGAGUGAGGCGGAGGGAGGACCGACUGAUUCUCUGGGGGGCGAGCGCUGGUCCUCUGCCACUCUCAAGAUUCUGUCCUCCAUGCCCAGCCGCACCAUUGGCCGAAACAGAGGCGCUAUCAUCUCUCAGUACUACAACCGCACCAUGCAGCUGCGCAGGCGGCAGAGCAGACCCUCCAUCAGGGACUUCUCCCGAUCUUCUCGUCCGAGCAUCAGGGGCUACGGCAUCGAGGAGGACAGCACUGACGCAGAGGGCGCAGAGGCGUCGAAAAGGGAGCGUCUGGUAAACAACCUGCAGAACCUCUCGGUGAGUGACCGGCUGAGGAUGCUGCGUGGGAUGCCACUCAGUGUCACAGAGAAGACUGAGCUCAGGCGGCUGGCGUUACAAAAGGAGCAGCGCACAUUGUCCCGUCGUCAGAUUCACUGCUGCAGUCGCCUCAAGUAUUACAUUAUCAUCGCGGUGCGGCACGGCUGGUACAGCUGGCUCUCCUUCCUCCACUCGCUGCAGCUCUGGCAGGUGGCCUUGAAGAGGGUCAGCGGACGCUUCGGGACGGGAGUGUUGUCCUAUUUCCUCUUCCUCAAGACGCUGCUCUUCUUCAACCUCUUCCUCUUCCUGGUCACUGGGGCCUUCUUGGUUCUUCCACAAGUGGUGCAUCCGCCUGAUCCCCCUCCCAAGAACCUGCCCUUCACCGGACUGGAACUACUCUCGGGCGGGGGUUAUUUCUCCGACACCGUGAUGUACUAUGGAUACUACUGCAACUACACUCUGCGCAGGACAUGCAGAGAUCAUGAAGCACUGAUCAUCGCCACAGCCAAUGAAACUAAACUGGAGUGUCGGUCCAAGCUCUCCUACAACAUGCCACUGGCCUAUUUCUUCACCAUUGGAGCCUCAUUUUUUAUCACUUGUAUCAUUCUUGUGUACAGCAUGUCAAAAUCCUUUGGGCAGAGCUUCAGGAUCGAUAAAACAAACAGUGUUUUGGCCAUGAAGGUGUUCUCCUCCUGGGACUUCAAGGUCAUCAAAAAGACUUCGGUCAAACUCAUGUCCGAGAAUAUCUGCACGCAGAUAAAGGAGCUUUUGGCGGAGGUGGAUCACAAACAGGUGAAAAACACAGCGCUUCAGAGGCUGUGGAGAGCGACGGUGCACGGCUUGGCCUGGACCAUCUGCAUCGCCAGCACCAUCGGAUGUGCUUCUGGCAUUUACUUCUUCUCUGAGCACAUGCACAAGAACCUGGAGCACCUGUCUCGUAGCGUCAGAAAGGACCCUGUUCUCACGGAGGCGAGCAUGCUGGCUCUCCCUGUGGUGGUGUCUGUCAUUUACCUGUUAGUUCCCGGUUUGUUCAACGCUGCUGCUUGGAUGGAGGACUACGACUCUCCUUCUGUCCGCACCUAUGUGGCCAUCAGCAGGAAUCUGAUGCUUAAAAUGAGUGUCUUGGGAGUCCUUUGCUACCACUGGUUGGGUCGUGUGGCAGGAAAACCGUGGAAAAUAGGCCUACAGUGCUGGGAAACCUUUGUUGGACAAGAACUUUAUCGCUUCCUGAUUAUGGACUUUAUUUUUGCACUUUUGGACACUUUGUUCGGAGAGUUCCUUUGGAGGCUGUUUUCAGAGAAGGUGCUAAAACGACGGCGGAAGCCUGUGUUUGACAUCCCCAAAAAUGUCCUAGACCUGAUUUAUGGGCAGACUUUGGCCUGGUUAGGAGUCCUCUUCACUCCAAUACUACCUGCAGUGCAAGUUCUCAAGCUUCUCUUGCUGUUUUACAUUAAGAAGGGCAGUGUGAUGAUGAACUGUCAGGCCCCGAGGAAGCCGUACAGAGUGAGCCAGAUGACCACCGUCUUCAUCACGCUGCUGUGCAUCCCGGCUUAUGUGGUCGCCUCAGUCUGCGUCACUUACACCAUGUGGAGCAUCGCUCCGUCAUCGUCCUGUGGCCCGUUCCGACAGCUCAAAACCAUGAUCCAGGCAGGAAAGCGCUGGGUGGAGGAGCUGGAAAAAGGCAAUCCGAACCUGUCGGUCUUGGCCAGAGCGCACUCCUAUCUCGUCGAACACCCGUUCUUCCUUUUUGUUGGAGCCGGCAUCUUCCUAAUAAUCAUCUACUUCCACAGUCAGGUGGUUGAUGGUCAGAGAAAAAUCAUCGACCUACUACAAGAACAGAUCAAAAACGAGGGUGAAGACAAAAAGUUUCUCAUCACGCGUCUCCAAUCCAUUCAUGAACAAAAGCGAACACCAGCGCGAAGGCUCGCCAGUCAGGACUCCAACUGUUGA